GGAUGGAGGGAUGGAGUGAGGAGGGGAUUUUCAAAAUCCUCUCGGCCGGCAAGUGCAGGAAAUUGGCAGGCUGGAGGGGAUUGCAUGACGGGCAGUAGUGGCAGGGAGGCAGGGGACGAAGGCGAAGGUGAAACUCUGGAGAGAGUGCACUCAUCAUCAACACGGUGAGUUAAGAUCGGAUGUGGCAAGGACCAGAGGUGAUGACGGUGGUUGUGGAGAGAGAGAGAGGGUUUCUUUUGCCGACUCGUUUUCCUGUUGUCGGACAAGGUCUGUUUGCCUGCCUUCUCGGAAGGUGUACACUGCGCCUGCUGGUUCAGGUGCCCGCUUCUAUUCUGCCUUUUUCUCUGUGAUUGAAGUGUUCCCUUCGACCAGCCUCGGGGUUUGGCUCGGCGCAGCUGUGGUCAGACCUUCGUUUGCUUGUCUGAACGAAAAGCUUGCUGAAGAGGGAGGAAAGGAAGAUUAAACUUUCGAGGGAGAAGGUGAGUGCAAGUGGAUGACGUAUGAGUGAACGUUAUGGUGGAUAAGUGGGCAGCACAUCUCGUUUGCUCGUUUGCUGUCCCUCAAGGCGCGGAAAUGCCGUUAUCAUUGCCGCGUCGGUGCUCUCGCGUUUUCGGGAGCAGCCGUCCAUCUAGGGCUUCGAAAGGAGGAGUUUGAUUCUGCGGCGGUGGGUGGCGGAGAGAUCUCUAAUUAGAGAGAAGACGAGGCUGGUCGGUUGGGAGGUCCAAUCACGUUUGUUGCCUCCUCCCUCCCUUCUUCCUUUCUGUUCUGUGUGGCCCUUUUCUCAUCAGUCACCAGCCUCGCCGUCGACGACUGACAAAACCUGGUGGGUGGUAGUCGCAGUUCCGAGUCUGGUUGGGAUAUAGAGCCUCAGAGCCUGCUGUUGGCAUAUUCGUCAAUCCCUUUGUUCCCGUGCUCUCCCUCUUCCUCGCGUUCGGUCUACUUCUCUAUUUAGCUCCGACCCCUGGCGUGCCUGUUUUUCAUGUGCCGAGCAUAAUCGUUCCUCCCCGUCAUGAUUUCUCUUCGUGUCUGCGCCAACUUUCGUGGGAGCAUUGGGAUGUGCUCUUAAUCUCUUUGAGUCGGAUCUCUCGACCCAGUCACGCGAGGCGUAAAAGAACCGAUUGCCUCUCAUCACCCGUCCUCCGACGUGCUAUCUAGUCCAUCCACAUCAAUUCAUCUCACUAAUCACUGCAUUAUUCCAAUUAUUCGUAGAGCCAUUCAGCUGGAGAGUCACUCGUCGAUUUGCUCCUGCCCAUACACGUCCAUACAGAGGCAGACAAGGUGUGGGUGGGUGAUCGUUGGCGGGGGGACCUCAGAGCAGCGCACCACUUGGGUGGGCGGUACUCAGGGCUGCAUCGGCGGCAGAUACUGCGUCCUGAUACCGGUAGUCCGCCGCUGACGGGGAAGGAGGGGGAAAGAGACGGAGGAGGCGUCGAGAGGGAGGAGGCAGAGAGCGGAAGGAGGAAGGGGGGGGGUUUAGGGGGGGGUGAAAGAGAGAAGAGGGGAGGGGUUGGAAAGGAGGCUGUUGAUGGGAUCAUGUUGGUUGAGUUGCCCUGAAAUGAGCGGGCGGAGGAGCGCUUGUUUUAUCAUUAGGCGCGCAGUGUUGUCCAGCUCACCCCGCCAUCUCUGCGCCGUGGGCUGUCCCUCCGUCGGCGGAGUACUUUCUCCUGCCGUGUGCAUGGGUAAAGAAUGCCGGAGCUGCGCAGCGGCCUGCGGCAGAAGAGACAAGCAGCUGAAAAGGCACUAGCCAGAGGCUUUGGGGAAGGAGCACUUAAUCGCGCGGCUCCACUGUCCCCAGCAGCGGAGGCGCCAACGCGGCGUGGCGCUGUAGGGAGGCGAGCGAGACCAGGGGCUGGGGCCAAAGGGGGACAACAGCAGCAGCAGCAGCAGCAGCAGCCGCCAUUUGUCCCUUUCCCGGCGACUCCAUCGCCAGUCCCACCGGCAGUACCCCCGGGCGUAAACCGACCCAGAACAAGGGCGGCGAAGGCGAAGGAAACAGCCGCCGCCGCUGUCGACAAGGCGGGCCUUCCUCCUUUUCCUCCUCCGCCCCUCGCAGCUGCUCCUCCCCCUGCUCCAUCUCCUUCUCCCGCCGCUCCUGCUCCGCGCACUACUGCCGCUGCCGCUGCCGCGCGGAAGAAUCGAGGAGGUGCUGCCGCCAGGCAGGCAGCGAAGACCCAUCACCAGCAACCGCCACAGCCCCAGCCUCCUCCUGUUCAUCCGCCGCCGCCAGCGAAGCCAGCCCCCCCGGCUAGGCAGGGGAAGAAUCCCGCCGCCGCAGCCGCCGCCCUUGCUCCAAGAGGGCGACCUCAACGCAACAAGCCGCCGGCUUCUCAACCCAAAGUCGAGUCUUUGUCCGAACCCCAAGAAAGCUCCGGAGGCCCGUCGGAAGACGACCAAGGUGAGGACGAUUAUAUACCUACAGAAGAGGAUUUGGACGAAGAUCAAGAUCGGCUGGAGGCACCGAUAGACGAUCCAGAGGACGAACACAUAGAGGAAGAGAUGGAAGAAGAGAGCGAGAAGAAGAGUGCAGAGAAAGUUGCUGGAGGUGACGAUGACGUCAACACCGCGCCCCUUCCAGAAAGGGUGCAAGUCGGAGGCUCCCCCAUCUACAAGAUCGACAGAAAGUUAGGGAAGGGCGGCUUUGGCCAAGUGUAUGUCGGUCGAAGAACCUCUGGUGGUACCGAGAGGACCGGUCCUAAUGCUGUAGAGGUGGCGCUGAAGUUUGAACAUAGACUGAGCAAAGGUUGCAACUAUGGUCCGCCUUGCGAGUGGCAAGUGUAUAGCCAACUUGGUGGUAGCCAUGGUGUGCCUCGAGUGCAUUACAAGGGUCGUCAGGCGGACUACUAUAUCAUGGUGAUGGACAUGCUAGGGCCAAGUCUCUGGGACGUCUGGAACACAUCUGGCCAGCAAAUGUCUCCGGAAAUGGUCGCGUGUAUCGCUGUGGAGGCAUUGUCUAUUUUGGAGAACUUGCAUUCAAAGGGGUUUGUACAUGGGGAUGUCAAACCAGAGAAUUUCUUGCUCGGUCCUCCGGGAACCCCAGAUGAGAAGAAGUUGUUCUUAGUGGACUUGGGCCUCGCCACAAGAUGGAGGGAGCCUUCAAGCCUUGUACAUGUGGAGUAUGAUCAGCGGCCUGAUGUAUUCAGGGGAACGGUUCGCUAUGCAAGUGUUCAUGCCCACUUAGGACGCACGGGUAGUCGAAGGGAUGACUUGGAGUCAUUGGGAUACACCCUUGUGUUCUUGCUUCGAGGGCGGCUCCCAUGGCAGGGCUACCAGGGUGACAAUAAAGGUUUUUUGGUCUGCAAGAAGAAGAUGGCCACCUCGCCAGAGGCUCUCUGCUGUUACUGCCCAGCACCUUUUAAGCAGUUUCUUGAUGUGGUGGUAAACAUGAAGUUUGACGAGGAGCCCAAUUAUGCGAAGCUCAUUUCCAUGUUCGAUGUCAUCAUUGGGGCUAAUCUCAGCGCCCGACCUAUCAAUACGGAUGGAGCUGCACGGAUACUUGAACAACGCUAUGGCUCCGUUCAAGUGGGGCAGAAGCGCGGCCGAUUGCUACCGGGAGAGGAGGAAGAGGAAGAGGAUCAGCCCAGGAAGAAGAUUCGGCUUGGAAUGCCUGCCACACAAUGGAUUACCAUAUACAACGCUCGCAAGCCAAUGAAGCAAAGGCCAGCAUGUAGUGGUGCACAGGGCUCCACAAGAUGGAGGGAGCCUUCAAGCCUUGUACAUGUGGAGUAUGAUCAGCGGCCUGAUGUAUUCAGGGGAACGGUUCGCUAUGCAAGUGUUCAUGCCCACUUAGGACGCACGGGUAGUCGAAGGGAUGACUUGGAGUCAUUGGGAUACACCCUUGUGUUCUUGCUUCGAGGGCGGCUCCCAUGGCAGGGCUACCAGCAGUCUUACAAGGUCAGUGACAUAUUUCCAUUCAAAUGGAUAAACAAGAAGUGGAAGGAAGGUUUCAAUGUGACGUCAAUGGCAACAGCAGGAAGCCGCUGGGGUGUGGUCAUGUCAAGGAAUGCGGGAUUUUCAGAUCAGGUUGUUGAGCUGGAUUUCUUGUAUCCCAGUGAAGGUAUCCACAGGCGAUGGGAUAGCGGUUAUCGCAUUACAUCCACGGCAGCAACGUGGGACCAGGCGGCUUUUGUAUUAAGUGUCCCCAAGCGGCGGCCAGUUGAUGAAACUCAAGAGACACUUCGAACAUCUGCAUUCCCAAGCACUCAUGUGAAGGACAAAUGGCAGAAGAACCUGUACAUCGCUGGGGUCGCCUAUGGCCGAACUGUGUCGUAGACAUAACUAAGGUGCUAAAUUCUUUUUUCCCCUUCUUGCUCUCAGUGACUCUGAGGUUCCUUUCCCGCUUUUCUGCCCCAUCUUGCGCCACUGGUUAUGCUGACAGUCUUCCGUUCCAGAUGGACGAGGGAGUAUGUGAAUGAAGGUAGUGAGUAAAAAGGAAGCUACCGAAGCCUUGCCAGUGAUCUGAUUUCCGGCCGCAAAAUUUCCUGUGGAUAGAUGGAAUCGCCGUGUGAAAAGAGCCGUGUGCCGAGGAUCUUGUAAAGAGGGACAGAAGGGGAGGUUAUGGGUCUGCCUCUUGGUGAGAGACUGAAACGGAGUUUUUUGGGGUCUCUGGCUGCGUGUUCUGUGACUCCCCUUCUAGAUCGAUGCAUCACAAACAUCUGUUGAGAAAGUGGGCAGUUCGUGCCAUGGAUGCCAGUGUGAUGAGAUGGGAUGGAAAGUGAUGCUCUCGGGGCCGUAGCUGGAAGCUCGAGUGUGUGGGAAGGUUGUACUGCUGCUGCUUCUGGUGGUGACGACCAUAAUAAUGGUCGGCAGGUGAGUGUGCUCUUGGAUACGGAAGAUUCAUGAGAGUCAAGUGUGAUGGUGAAUCAAUAGGGAGGGUGGCUUGUUUUCUGCUUGUGAUGAUCCCGUAUGUCUGAGCAUCCAUCUAGCGGCGGUUGCGGGAAGUAGGGAUGUGAUGUUUCAGUAUUUUGCAUUCGGGAGCUCGAUUUAAACCACCUUAGGGCCUUGUUGAAGAUCACGUUGAAGGAGAGGGGAGAGGUUGAUGGUAAGAUAGGUAGAAGGUUGACCAAGUGAGCAGCAGACGGUGGAUGGGGCGGGUAUGCCGGUGUUAGCGCUGGGCGCUUGUUGAUACAGCUGGAGGAUUGGCACAGAUAUAGGUCAUGUAGGGAGCACAAAGCCAAAAAAAAACAAAGGGAGUCAGGGAAUUGCAGCCUUGGUUUAGGGUAGGGCGAGUGAAAUGUUCAUUUGGAACACGCUGUCGAUUCUCGGGGACUCUCUUCAUUCACAUUUGGCACCGGUCUUUGUAAACUAGCCUGAAAGGGACGUAAAAACACGAGGUUUGCUGUGGAGACACUUUUGGCCUCAGCGGCGGUGACGACCUAAUUCUCUUCUGACUUAAGCUCUACCAUCCACCUCCAUGGCCCUGUGCUUACGAGAUAUCAUUUCUACAUUAUCAACAUGUGGCAGUGUUGUUGCCUGAUAUCUCUGGACAGCAUUAUUUGCAUACGGGCUUCCGUCUCUCUCUCUCUCUCUCUCUCUCUCUCUCUCUCUCUCUCUCUCUCUCUCUCUCUCUCUUUCUNCUCUCUCUCUCUCUCUCUCCUGCACUGUGGCAUUACUGUUUGUUUCGGUCCUGUCCUUGUGAUUUCCUGUUGGGUGACAGAGGGACUUUCCCUGAUAAUGUAGGGAGACCCAGCAAACCACACGCUCACACAGCCAUAAGCAGUAUUAUGGUAAUGGGAAGUGUACGAGUGUAGACUAGGGUGGUCAUUCCAAGCGUCGCGACUGGCCGGCUUCCUCGAUCAGGGAGCAAGGGAGCGAAGGGACGCCAAGUCUGUGUGUCUGGGUCAUUGCGCUUGUCUUUGAAACAGAUUGACAGUUGUGGUUGUGUUUGUGUUGCGUUAGGUGUCUCAAGCG